GAGCAGGGGAAAAAAGCAAAUGUGUUAGUGAAGUUGUGAAACGAAGGAGAAACAAGCGUGUGACUUGACAAUUUGACUAUUGUUCGUCGGUAAAAGUGAUAUAUUUUGUUUGACAAGUGCGAGGAGGAUUUGCAGUGCGCGCGCUAGUGAAGAGGAGCAUGACGGAGCGGUGACGAGAGGCGGCCCCAUCAUGUGUCGAGACGCGCCCUCCAUGCGGCUGCUCGUCAUCGCGUUCCUGGCGACGCUCGGACCGGCGUCGGGCCAGGGCCCGGGCGCCGCGCCGCCGGAGCAGAUGCAGUCGCGCGCCGUCGACACGAGGGUGCAGCUGGAGGUGGCCGAGGGCCGGCCGCGCGGGACCCUGGUCGGCCGCAUCCCCACCAAGCCCGGCUUCACGUACCGCUUCAACGAGCCGCCCGCAGAGUUCGAGCUGGACGCCGCGAGCGGGGAGCUGCGCACGGCGGCCGUGCUGGACCGCGAGUCGCUGGCGCACGGCCGCUACGACCUCGUCGUGCUGUCCAGCCAGCCCACCUACCCCAUCGAGGUGCGCGUCGCCGUGCUGGACGUGAACGACAACUCGCCCGAGUUCCCCGAGCCCAGCAUCGCCGUCAGCUUCUCGGAGAGCGCGGCGCCGGGCACGCGCCUGCUGCUGGACGCCGCCACGGACAGCGACGCCGGCCGCAAUGGCGUCUCGGAGGACUAUCGCAUCGUCGGCGGCAACUCGGAGGGCCGCUUCCGGCUCGCGGUCACCUCCAACCCGAGCGGCAAGGUCACCUACCUGCACCUGGAGACGACGGGCAAGCUGGACCGCGAGGCGCGCGCGCAGUACGACCUGAACGUGUCCGCGCGCGACGGCGGCGACCCGCCGCUCUUCGGCUACCUGCGGGUCAACGUCAGCGUGCUGGACGUGAACGACAACCCGCCCAUCUUCGACCACAGCGACUACUCGGUGUCGCUGAACGAGAGCGUCCCGCCCGGCACUCCCUUCCUGCAGGUCACGGCCACCGACAGCGACUCGGGCGACAACGCGCGCGUCACCUACUACCUGGCGGAGCAGGAGCGCAGGUUCGUCGUGGACCCCGAGACGGGAGUCAUCUCCACGGCGGAGACCCUGGACUGUCCGCAGCAGAACUGCCCGCAGCCGACGCCCCGGCGCUGCCCCAAGAGCUGCGUGUUCACGGUGUACGCGCGCGACCACGGCUCUCCGCGCCAGGACGGCCGCACGUACGUGACGGUGAACCUGGUGGACGCCAACGACCACGACCCGGUCAUCCGCUUCCGCUACUUCCCGUCCACCGCGGGCUACGCCACCGUCGACGAGAACGCGGCCAACGGAUCGGUGGUGGCCGCGGUGUCCGUGGUCGACCUGGACGAGGGCCCCAACGGCGACACGGCGGUGGAGAUCAGCUCGGGCAACGAGCUGGGGCACUUCCGCCUGGAGCGCACGCCGAGCUUCGACAUCGUGCGCGUGGCGGGCGUGCUGGACCGGGAGCGCGUCGGCAAGUACAACCUGACGGUGGUGGCGACGGACAAGGGCACGCCGCCGCGCACGUCGACCGCCUUCCUCGUGAUCCGCGUCAACGACGUGAACGACCACGAGCCGGUGUUCGAGAAGAGCGAGUACCAGGCGGUGCUGAGCGAGCUGGCCCCGCCGGGCACCUUCGUGGCGGGCAUCUCGGCCAGCGACGCCGACUCCGGGGUGAACGCGCGCGUCUACUACGCCAUCGUGUCGGGCGACGAGCGCGGCUGGUUCUCCAUGGACGCCGACACGGGGCUCGUGACGACGCGCGCGCCGCUCGACCGCGAGUUGCAGGACUCGGCCGAGCUGCGCAUCUCGGCGCGCGACGGCGGCCCCAACCCCAAGUGGGCGCACACCUCGCUCAAGGUCACCGUGCUGGACGAGAACGACGAGCGGCCGCAGUUCUCGCAGGAGCGCAUCAACGUGACGCUGUCGGAGAGCGCGCCGCCGGACACCUUGGUGGCCAUGCUGACGGCGAGCGACCACGACCAGGGCACCAACGGCAGUGUCACGUACAGCCUGCAGGAGACCGGCGCCUUCGCGCUCGACGCGCUCACGGGCCAGCUGACCACGCGCACCAAGCUGGACAGGGAGGCGACGCCGCGGUACGAGGUCAAGGUCAUCGCCAGGGACCAAGGCGUGCCGCCGCAGUCGUCCACGGCCACCGUGUUCCUGCGGGUGCUGGACGUGAACGACAACAGCCCCGAGUUCUACCCGCGGCUCUACUUCUCCCCCGUGCCCGAAGACGCCCCCGCCGGGACGUCAGUGCUCACGGUGACCGCCACGGACCUCGACGAGGGGGAGAACGCCGCGGUGACCUACAGCCUGGAGUCGGGCGACGAGAGCCUGUUCCACGUGGACCGCAGCACCGGGGUCGUGUCCUUGCGCAAGUCCCUCCGGGAGUCGCCGCAGCCCUCCUUCAGACUGAGGAUCUCGGCGACGGACCGCGGCGGCAGGCGGGCGCCCGAGGACGCCGAGGUGGAGGUGAUCAAGGACACGCGAGUCGACGACCUGCAGUUCGACUCCCCGCAGGGCUACGAGUUCCAGAUCGGCGAGGACCCCGACGGCGGAGAGCCGCACAUCGGGCGCGAGGUGGGCCGCGUGAGCGCCGGCCUGGCCGAGGCCACCAGGUACUACAUCGUGCUGGGCGACCCGUGGAGGAGCUUCCAGGUGGACGAGCGCUCGGGCGUGAUCACCACGGCCAACAGGAUCGACCGCGAGGAGGUGGCGAGCUACAGCCUGGUCGUGGCGGCCAGGGCCGGCCACGCGCUGGGGCGGGUCGCCGUCAGCGUGGCCGUGCUCGACGAGAACGACUGCAGGCCGCAGUUCCCGCGCGCCAGGGACGAGGCGAGGGUGCCCGAGAACGCGGCCGUCGGCAGUGAAGUGUACUUCUCGCGGGCUCGUGACCGAGACUCGGGUCCCAACAGCCGCGUCACCUACAGCCUGUCCGCGAACCCCGAGGACCAGUUCCGGGUGUCGCAGACCACGGGCGUCAUAUACCUGGACAACCCGAUAAGCGCCCCGCCCGGGACAUCCAUGCUGGUGGAAGUGUUGGCCACAGACGGCGGGAAGACACCGCUCUCAUCGAAGCACCAGGUGACGGUGGUCAUAGAGGACGUGAACGAUCACACGCCCGUGUUCGACCACACCAGCUACGAGACCUCUUUACUGGAGUCAGCGCCCGUCAACGAUCGGUUCUUCGCUCUUUCGGCCACAGACACUGACCUUGGCAACAACGGCAGAGUGAGCUACCACAUCACAGAAGGCAACGCGGAAGGGAAGUUCGGGAUUUUCCCGGACGGCUUCCUGUACGUGCGGAACGUUCUGGAUCGCGAGGAAAGAGAUUACUACUCCCUGUCGGUGACGGCGCAAGACUCGGGGACUCCUCCGCGCAGUUCCGUGGUGCCACUGGUGGUGCACGUCAUCGACGAGAACGACAACAGCCCGCAGUUCACCAACACCACCUUCAGCUUCCACGUGAUGGAGAACGAACCGCCCGACUCUUUCGUCGGCAAGUUGACCGCGACGGACGCCGACAUCGGUCGCAACGCGGAGCUGACGUUCUCGCUUGGGGCGGCGCAGAGGGACUUCGCCAUCGACCCGAAGAACGGCUUCAUCAAGACGCUGCACGUGUUCGACCGGGAGGAGCUGGUGCGCACGACGGGCCUGGCGCGCAUCUCGCUCGACGCCACCGUCAGCGACAACGGCGCCAUCAGGCUGCGCGACAAGGUGAAGGUGGACGUGUACAUCUCCGACGAGAACGACAACGCGCCCAGGUUCCUGCGGACGCCGUACCGCGUGCAGAUCUCGGAGGCGUCGCCGGUCGGCGCGCAGGUGUUCCGCGUGUUCACGUCCGACGCCGACGAUGGCCUCAACGGCGACGUGUUCUACUCGCUGGCGAGCGGCAACGAGGGCUCCGCGUUCGCGGUGGACGAGGCGACGGGCCAGCUGACGGUCGUGAGGCCCCUGGACCGCGAGACGGUGUCGCGGUACCGGCUGGCCGUCAUGGCGCAAGACGCCGGCCUCGCCGUCAGACUGAACUCCUCGGAGCACAUCGAGGUGGACGUGCUGGACGAGAACGACAACGCGCCGCAGUUCUCGCAGCCGGAGGCCGAGGUGUUCGUGAUGGAGACGGCGCCGGCCAACACCCGCCUGCUGCGCUUCAAGGCCACGGACGCCGACCUGGGGGUCAACUCGGAGGUCACCUUCUCCCUCACGGCGGGCAACCGCCGCGACACGUUCCUCAUCGACCCGGCGAGCGGCGCGCUGUACCUGCGGCGCCCGCUCGACUACGAGGACGUGAGCAGCUACGCGCUGAACGUGACGGCGUCGGACGGCGGCAGCCCGCGGCUGUCCUCCACCAUCGUGCUGAAGGUGUUGGUGGAGGACUUCAACGACAACCCGCCCGCCUUCCCCAGCACGGCCAUCGUGCGGCAGAUCCGCGAGGGCAUCCCCGUGCGCACGCCCAUCGUGACGGUGGCCGCCGAGGACCCCGACUCGGGCGCCAACGGCCGCGUGGUGUACGCCGUGACGCGGCAGGAGCCCGCCGGCGAGCCGCACUUCGGCAUCGACCCGGCCUCCGGGGUCAUCCACACGCUGCUGCCCAUCGACCGGGAGCGCGUGGACACGUUCCGGCUGACGGUGGCCGCCACGGACCAGGCGGAGCCGCCGGCGGCGCGGCUGUCCGCCGAGAAGCUGGUCACCGUCAUCGUGGAGGACGUGAACGACAACGCGCCGCAGUUCGUGAGCAUGUCGGCGGCCGUGUUCCCGCGCGACGGCCAGCUGGUGAUGCGCGUGGCGGCGCGGGACCUGGACUCGGGCACCAACGGCCUGGUGACGUACGAGCUGGUGGCGGGCGACGAGCACGACCUGUUCAGCCUGCACCGCGGCACGGGCGAGCUGCGCCUGCGCCGCCGCACGGCCGAGCCGCCGGCCGCGCGCUUCCACCUGGCCGUGAAGGCCACGGACGAGGCGGGGCAGGCGGAGCGCCGGUCCACGGACGGCUACAUCACCGUGGCGGCGGCCUGGCCGGGCCCCGGCGGCCCGCAGUUCGACGAGGGCCCCGCCGCCGGCAGCGUGGCGGAGAACGAGCCGCCCGGCACGAGCGUGGCGCGCGUCACGGCCCGCGCGCGCCGCGGCGAGGUGGAGUACCACGUGGUGAACGUGACCGGGGCGGGCGGGCGCCAGGCGGAGCGCCUGUUCGACGUGGACCCGCGCCUGGGCGUGGUGGCGACGGCGGAGAGCCUGGACCGCGAGGCGGGCAGCGGCGCGUACGAGGUGGAGGUCCUGGCGGUGGAGCUGGGCCCCGCGCGCCCCAAGGCGGCCUCCGUCAAGUGGCGGAGCGAGCCCACGCAGCGCCUCGGGGCAGGCGCCUGCUCGGCGCAGGAGAAGGAAAGCAAGGACGUCGUCGGUCGGCGUGGGAGGCGAGGCACGCGUGUUAGCGCCGCGCGCGGGUCGUGUAGCGGGGCUGUCCCGGGUCGCUCCGGGGAGCUUCCGACAGAGCUGAAUUUUGGUAGAGACCUUGGACCUCAGAAGUGGCCGGCGCGGUCUCCGUCCUGGGUGGCGCGCGGCGACUCUAUUACCCCCGCCCCUCCUGCAACCGUCUAA